AUGUAUGUGUGUGGCAUGGGAUGCAUGGCGCGCGUGGGAUGCAUGGCGCGCGUGGGAUGCAUGGCACGCGUGGGAUGCAUGGCGCGCGUGGGAUGCAUGGCGCGCGUGGGAUGCAUGGCACGCGUGGGAUGCAUGGCACGCGUGGGAUGCAUGGCACGCGUGGGAUGCAUGGCACGCGUGGGAUGCAUGGCAAGCAGGCUGGCAAGCCAUGCGGACUACGGCCCUCUUGUGCUGCAGUGCAUGGAGGGAAUGGCGCAUGGCGGCGAAGCAGGGGAGCGGCAGGGGCGAGCGGGAGAUGGAGGCGAAGGGAAAAUGAGAAGAGCCGAGGAGGGAGUUGAAGAGGAAGGGGAAAAAAGGGGGGAUUUGGGUAGCAGCAUAACGGACAAGGGAUCUGAAGAGAGGAUGUGGAUGGAGAGCAGUGAGGGUGAGAGGGCGUGGGGGCGAGGCGAGAUGGAUUUCUACCCGCUUGCAGGCGACCCUACUGCCCUCAGCACGUUGAUGGUGAGGAAUGGCGGCGUGUUCCCCAGGAGCUUCUCGGAGCUGCGGCUGCUGCGCCAGCAGUACAGGGCCAUCCUGGAGUCCACGUGGCCUGCCUGCACUGCUGCCUUCCCGCAUUCUGCGGGGGCACUCAGCACCGGGGGCGGCUGUGACUCAGGGGGUGAAAUGGGCGGAGAGGAGGGGCAUGUGGAUGGGGACGGUGCGACUGGGCAUGGGAAUGGGCAUGGGGAUGGGCGGGGAAGAGGAGAAAGGCCAUGCCAGUCGGCUGGGGAGGGAGGGGGGGCAGGAGCAAAAGGGGGCCGCAGCAGGAGGUUCAGGCCGCAUGCCAUCAUCGCCAACCCGCCUGCUGCUGCAUACGCGCACCCGUUUUCCCCCUCGGCGCUGCGCUCGCUGGCGUACAUGUCGCCGGCGGUGCUGCGGGCAUGGGUGCACCGCGGGUCGUACAGGCUGGUGGAGGCCUUUGUGGGCGCGGGCGUCUUGGACAUCACCAACCAGUUCCGCACGCGCACCCUACACCUAGACCCUCUCUUCCUCACGGACCGUCCCUUCUCCCACCUGCUGCGCCUGCCCAUCCCCUUCUCCUUCUCCUGGAGCCCUCUCCUCGCGCCCAAGCCAAGCGCUAGAGAAGCCAGUGCCGUGCCGCCACCAACACCACCAUCCUCGCCCCCAUCUGAAGCACGGACUCUUGAGUCGGCACCCCUGCCUGAAUCACCUACACUACCUGCAUCAGAGGAGGAGGCAGCAAGACCUGCAGCAGCAGCAGCAGUAGCAGCAGCAGGAGGCGAAGCAGGCGAGAAAGAGGAACAAGGGGAACGCAAACCAGCACCGCCAAGCGAUCCACUCCCGCCGUCUCCGCCCUCCUUCCACCCUCCGCCCGCCCUCGUGUCCUUCCUCGCCGAGGGUCCCGCACCUCUCUUCGUGGCGUAUGGCAGCAUGCAGCUGAGCAAACCAUGCUACGUGGCCCGCUGUGUGCUCAAGGCUGUGGGCCUGCUGGGCGUGCGAGCCAUCAUUGGCAGCGCUGCCAUUCGCCAGCACCGCUGCUGCUCCUCCUCCCACUGCCUCGUGGCUGGAGGGCGCACCCGCAGGGGGGGAAAGGGACGUGCAGGUGUGGGCGGGAGGGUUGAGGAAGGGGGAGGGAAGCGUGAGGGGAAAGGCCGUCAAGGCAGGCAUGCGGAGAGGAAUGUGGCAGGGAGGGAAGCAGGAGGGAGUGUGGAGGGCGGAGGUACUCAGGGGGGAGCAGAGGAAGGGGGUGGGGGUGGGGAGGGAGAAGGGGAGGGCGAGUGUGAGGUGGUGCAGCAAGGGGGUGUGCUGUUUGUUGGGUCUGUGGCUCAUGACUGGCUCUUUCCCCACUGCUCUGCCACGGUGCACCAUGGGGGGGCGGGCACAGUGGCAGCAUCUAUCAGGGCGGGCUGCCCCAUCCUGCCCAUGCCGUUCUUUGGAGACCAGCACUUCUGGCCUGCUGUGCUGCACAGCCUGGGCGUGGCCCCGCCUGCUCUGCCCAUCCACCGCAUCUCCCCUCGCCGCCUCCUCUCCUCGCUGCGCCUGCUGCUGCAGCCUGCUCUCAAGGCGCGUGCCAUGCAGCUCAAGAACAGCUUCCUUCUCGAGUACGUGCCCCCUCUCCUCUCCAACACCGCGCCGCUGCCUGCUCUUUCAGCUGCCCUUUGCAAUCCCUGCUUUCCCUUCUUGUGCUAUGCCGCAGCGCCUGCCCUCCUUCCCCACGUAUCUUUCCAUGCAGCCACAACGGCGGCAGUGAAUCAAUUGCUCAGCUUCUGCUUGCUCUCUGUCUCCCAGCCCCCUCCUCACCCACUUAAUUCGCUCCCCUCCCUCCCCCCCCCGCGCGUGCGGCGCUCUCACGCUGCGCAGGGGCAAUGGGCUGCUGCGAGCAGCUCACUCCUUCCACCUGCACCUGCCACCUCGCCUGCGUUGCCUGCUACACGAGGGGCCAGAGCAGGCGGACAGGAUGCGUGGAGGCAGCAGAGCGUCAGAUGUGUUAGGGCUGUGUGGCAAUCCAGUGCCAUGCGGAGGAGAGCGUGA